AUGCCUCAUGCAAGAUGGGAAACAGAUUCUUUAAUUGAAAUUACAUCUGAGAUCUCAAAUCUUGACGAAUUGACCGUCACGCAUAAGACACAUACCAGUGAGAAGGAUGUGGCAUUGCAAGGUGAAAAGAGUGGCUACCCUGAUUACAUCUACAAGGUUUCUGCUGACAUAUUUCAGAGUAUACAUGUUGAAAAACCACCUUCUAGAAGGCUUAUAAACUAUGAAAAAGAUCCAGAAUUGACCAUCCCAGAAAUCAAAGAUGAGAAAUUCCAACGCUGGGUGUAUGAGUUAGCCUUCAGUGCUCUGAAAUAUCAAGAUGUCUUAGAAGAAAUAUUGAUUAAUAGCUGUUUUUACCCAACUCAGCAAAUUUCUAUCGAUGCAACAAGUCUGGUGGUUAUUAUGUUGUAUGAUUACCAAGAUCGUAAAUUCCAACCACGAAGCAUCUCUGAAGCAAAGGAGGAUAUAAUACCAGAAGUUAGAGAAGUAGAAAGGAGCCUUUUCAAUUUUAAGACAAAACUUGCAGCUGCACUUGCUCGUUGUCGGAUUAAAAAUGAUGCAAUCUCCAUCGAUUUAAUUCUUCCGGAAUCUGUAAGAAAUCAAGAACGACGAGCUUCUUCUUUGCCACUCUAUGUCUGGGUAAAUGUAUUAAAGACCAGCCUUGAAGAUGUGACUCAUUUACUUGAGAUGGAGGGCUUCACAAAGGUGAAAUGUGCCCGUGAGCUUGAGGGUCUGUCUUUCUGUGUGGAUCAACAUUGCCAGGAUGUGCUUCUUUUUCCAACUCAUCUAACGGCUAGGCUUUAUGAAAUGGAACUUGUCACCAGUUACAAGAUGGUAAUCCAGGAUAAAGGUCGAAGCCUAGCACCACAUUCGGUGAAGGUUUUACUGAACAUGGAUGAUGAUAUCGUUGUUACUAAUGCAGGUUCACGUUUGACUGUUGCCCAUAUGUCUACUCUAAUUAACCAGAGCACCUCCAAAGUCUUUCUCUGUGGGGUGAAAACAGAAUCACAGCAACUUGAACUGAAGAGCCUGUUUGAAAAAAUGGGCUGUAAAAACAUAAAACUGAUACCUCAGAAAUUCACUGACAUUCAGCCUAUAGAUCCGCGUUUACAGAAGGUUAAAGUUAUUCUGCUUGUGCCUCAGUGUUCAGCAUCAGGAGUCAGCAAUCCAGUGGAAUUUAUCUUAAAUGAACGUGGAGACACAACUCUCCUGCAGGAACUUUCUCAGGGAAAAGUAUCGGAAGAGAAACUCAAAACACUGGCCCAGAAACAAGCAGAGGAACUGAUGCAUGCCAUUAGAUUUCCAAAGGUCCAAGCCAUUGUGUAUUCUACAUGCUCAGUUUACCCUGAAGAAAAUGAGGAAGUAGUGAAACCAGUAUUGGGAAAGAAAAUAGAAGGAGCCAGAGUACAACCUUACAGGCUAAGUGCUCCUGUUAUUCCUCUAUGUUGUCCAUCAGAAAUAACCUGUGCAGCUGACAACUUCUUCAAGAUUGAACCAUCAGAACAAGUCAAUGGGUGUUUUAUUGCAGUAUUAACUCGAGAGCGAGAUCCAUCAGGAGCAGUAUCUGUAAAGGAUGUUUUGGCUCGAGCUGCAGCAAAGGGACUACUAGAAGGAGUUGAGGCACCUAGAAUUCGAAAAAAGGAAGAAAAGCGAAAGAAAAGCAAAGUCUUUACACCAAAAAUGGGGUCUUUCAGUGGGGCCCAGUCCAGAAUCACUGAGUUUUUAAAUGAACAGAAAUCAGCUACAGUUAAUGGAAAUUCCGCAGCUUCCCAGCAAUUAUCUAGAAGUGAUGCCAGUACAACCGGGUCAAGUACCAAAUUACCACAACGCGUGCCUAUUCCUACCUUACCCAAUAGAGUAAAGAGAAAUAUUAGCAAUGUUUCUUCAGUGGGAAGGAUUGCUAGUAGGAAAGGAAGUUCAACUGGAACACAACAAGAGAUGAAAUUGGUUUUAAAGCCAGUAGAGAUGUUGCUUCCUCCAGUUACAAUACGAUACCUCAAUUCAUCUGGGGUUCAAAACCAUGGUUAUAAUCAACCCUACCUCUUCCAGUACCAUGGAUUAACUAGUCAACCAGCAUUCCCUUAUUCACGUAAUGCAUUUGUGACUUCACUUGGUGUGAAAAAACAAAGAGAUACAGAUAUCAAAGCUGUUCCUGGAAGCACAAAGCGGCAAGACUUGAAGACAGAAUGUACUGUAUGCUCAUCAAAAAGGGCUUGA